AUGGCGUCUCUAAACCCGAAACUCAUCAAGCGAUUCGAGACCACCGCGGUCUAUACCCAUCCGAGCGCCACCGCUGACAUCGUAUUCGUUCACGGUCUCAACGGCAGCCCUGACCAUACCUGGACCGCCAAAAACAAUGUGUUCUGGCCGCUCCAGCUCCUUGUGCCUUCGCUUAUUCACACCCCCGCCAAUGUAAUCGUGUACGGAUACAAUGCAGAUGUCGCGUCGUGGACCAAGGAUAGCUCCCCGUCCGAGAACUUUAUCUACCAACAUGCCCAAGACCUCGUCACUUCUCUCACAACCCAUCGGCGAGAUGCCGGUACAGCUAGGAAUCCCAUCAUUUGGGUCUGCCACAGCCUUGGCGGGAUCCUGUUGAAGAGAGCCCUUUUAUAUUCCAAUGAUCUCAGGGACCCGGACCUUGAGAUCCAGCGCUCCAUCUACAUCUCUACCUACGGAAUAAUCUUCCUGGGUACACCGCAUACCGGCUCCAGCUUGGCCCCGUGGGCCCGCGUCCUACAGGCUAUGUCUGGGGCCUUACCGAAGAAGUUUCUCGACUCGGAACCCGUCCUUCUCAAAACGCUGAAGAAAGACAAUGUCGUGCUGCAGGAGAUUAACAAUCACUUCCUCGACAUCUACCAGCGUUUCAAGAUUCAUAUGGUGCGCGAAAACAAGAAGACUGACCUCAAAUAUACAGUAGACUACGUCGUCGAUUCUCAGUCGGCAGGACCUCAGCUACCUGGGGUGACUUAUUACAGCAUCGAGGCCACUCACUCGACCAUGUGCAAGUUUGAAACCGCCGACUCGCCUGGCUACUCUAAUGUGUCCAGCGCCAUCCGACAGUGGGUUCAAGAAGCGCCGGACUCCAUCCACACAAGGUGGACGCUCGAGGACGAAGAGAAGAAUACGCGAGCCAUCAGCGCGCUUAACCAGAUGGCAAAGCAAUUAGGAACCGCUUCCCCUGCGCCUACUCCUGCUAUCGGCUUCCAACCUCCAUCUCCUCCAUCUCCAAAGGAUACACUUGUAGCUCAAGAGACUCUGGUACCUGUUACUCCAGAGCCAUUAGCGACCGCACCCAGCGAAAUACCUUCCGAAGUCUCCAAGGGCAAACAGCCAGCGCCGCUCCUCAUGUAUCCGUAUCAAUUCAAGCCCAAUGCACACUUCAAGGGCAGGGAGCAGGAACUUGCGCAGCUUCACUCUUACCUGAGAAAUAAGAACCGAAGGGGUCUGGGCACGUCGGCCGUCCUUCUCCAGAGCCUUCCCGGUGGUGGCAAAACCCACCUGGCCCGCCAGUAUAUCCAAUUGUACGGUACUAGCUACAAGGGUGGGGUCUUCUGGAUCCGCGCGAGGUCCGAACAGGAGAUGGAAGACGCAUUCUGGAAGAUUGCCAAAACCAAGAUCAUUGAGGACGCCGCCGAUGAGCCAUGGAAACAAAACCUUCUCGAUCCGAAGCGCAUGGUGAAAACCGUGCGGAACUGGUUUGAAAGUUUUGAGGAUUGGCUCAUCGUAUUCGACGGCAUUCACUUUGAUAGCCAUCGUGAAGCAGCGUUUAUUCCUCAUGCCAAGAACACCAGUCUGCUCUAUACCUCGACGAAUAGGGCUGCCAUCGGAGACUACAAAUUCGACAACCCCAUCCUGAUGGAGCUAGGGCCUCUCAGCAAAGAGCAGGCAAAGGAACUACUUCUCGAGGAAAUGGGAAAACAACCGCCUUUCUCCAAGUACGACCUUUCCGACGCCGAAGAGGCGGUAGAACUUAUGGAUCGACUUCCGCUUAUGAUCCACGUGGCCGGACAGCACCUCAAGAUAACGCGAGAACCCCUGCGCAAGUAUACGCGCGCGUUCAAUCAUGCGCGUGAGGCGGGCACACUUGAUGCGUACGAGAACGUAAAGCAGGACCUCGAGCGGCGUGGUGCGAUCGAGGCUCUUAACCUCAUGUAUAUUCUGUCAUUCUUUGCUCCGAACAUCCCGGUUGAGAUGCUGGCGCUCGGUCUGGGCGCUCUAGACAAGCGCACACCAGUCAAGGCUGCCGAUGCCUCCAACCGACGAAGUCUCAACUACACUCUCAGUAUUCUGAUCAAGUACGCGCUCAUCGGACGAAAUGAAGAGGAUGACAGCUCUUCGACGUCAUCACCAAGCAAGAGGCGUCAUCGUGGCAUGGCUACCGAUCAUUCAGACACGCUUCGGCUUCACAGCAUCAUCCAGCGCUUCUUCCGGACGAAGAUGGGCGCGCCAAAGGAGGUUGCGUUUUGGCUCGAGCGCGCAGUCGCCGUAUUUUGCCGUUCUUUCGACGUUGCCGACUCGCGCAUAAGGCGAACCCCUGCCGUCGGCCUUCCCGAGGACUACAGAAGAUAUUCUAUCCAGGGACAGCAAAUCCUCGCUCAUGUCGACAGGCACACGAAGAAGCACGCGGCCCUUGUAUCCUGCAGAGUCUCGGUCAUAGACCGGCUAGACAUGGUGGAACAGUCCAUCGCGAAUCUCACAAGGGCAGUUUCGAGCGACCUCAAGAGCCGGCGCACCGACAGAAGGUCCGUAUUCGAGAUGUCCUCGAGCAGCUGCUCUGAUUCGGACUCCUCGCGCACGUCCGAGCGGUAUACACCUGACCGUGAGGAGGAUGAAGGGAAAGGGUGGAUGAUUCAUGAGGAAAUGGCGGUGCUUGAAUCGCCCGCACCGUACGACGACUUGGGUCAUCAUCCUUGGGACGAGUUUCCUUAUCCACAAGUCAACAUGAUGCCUAUGCCACCUCUACCGGAAGACAUGGAUUUGUCCGACACAGAAUACAUCGGAACUCCUCGUCCACGGCCACAGACAACAUUCAAGAGCAAAACCAAGGAAGACCUUGUCAAUCACAGGACGGUCAAGAAGAUGGAGGAGCGCCGUUAUCACGACCGAAAAGGGUCGAUGCGGUAUGUGAAGGGAGGACCAUAUUCUGACGUCCGCGUCAGCGUCAACGUUGAUCACGAGCCCCCCAAAGCCAGGAUGUUCAACUCCAUGCCCUCGGACCUUACGGAAGACGAGGUGGAGGCUGCAAAGGCGGAGCGGGCAAAGAACAGUAAGGCGAAAUCACAACUUCUCCGAAUCUCCUCGAGCCAGUCGUUGGGACGUGGCAAGGAAAAGUCGAAAACAUUACCGAAUGGAGGGAAUAAAUCAGCGUCACCCUUCCUCCAGUUCUUUGCCAAGGCAUUGAGAAAGAGUCCGGUUGCUCAGAGUGAUGUAACCUGGUCUCCAUCGGCUAGUACCGUGCGGGUCGGAGAGCACGAUACUCCUCGCCCGGAGAGGAUGACACCGUCAACGCAGUUCAGCCCCGACCCCAACAUCCAGUCGCCGUCGCAUGGCGGAAGCCCACCCAUUCGCACUCCAAGUCAAGAUAGUUGGGCAUAUCACCACGACCGCAUGUCAAAAUCAGAGCUAGUGCAAGGAACGACAUCGCCACCGUCGAGCAACCAACCGAGCAAGACGGGCCGGAAGCGAGGCGACUCGGCACCGCCUGUCUGGCAGGUCCACACGAAUGAGUACUUGGACGAUGAGGACCUCCGAGCCGGGCUACCAGUUGACAUUGGAGCGAACCCACACGCAGGUGACGUGACUGUGUGGAAUGUUAAUCUUCGGCCGACGGGCUACUCAUCCCAGCCAAUGUCGAGACAGACCAGCGACAAUCCCAAUACGGGGUCGAGGCAAGGUGCUACGGCACAGUCUCUCGGUUCUUCCUUCCCGCCUGCGGUUUUAAGGGCGAUUCCACUCAGUGACCGACCACCGUCCCAUAUUGAAACGGAACCUUCGCCGAGGCUCGUGACGCUAGCGGACGCGGGGCCGUCGAAGAACUGGGAGGAGCGCCACGCGAUUCGCGGGCGCGCGAGGUUCAGCAGUAGCAUCCCCGCGUCUCGCUUGAGUCACAUGUCGCCGAGCCGGAUCUCCAACGCGACAGGGUCCAGGCCCGUCAGCAGGGGUGAAGACGAGGGGCCUGGGUCUGGGGGGAUUUUGACUGGGAACGGGAGCUUCGUGUCGUUUGGGAAUAAUGCGACCGAGGCCCAGAGCCAAGGACCGCUGGUGGAGCAUGACGAAGAGGAAGGCUCCAGGACGCAGACCAGGCAGACGCAGCAGGAUAGGGAUCAAGCUCUUCUGGGUGUGGGGUUAGGGAUCAUCGAAGGGUAG